UUAGGCGGUUUCUCUUUCCUUCUUGCUUUUUUUCCGCCUUUUUUCCGCAUUUAGAUCUCUGGAAUCUGAUCGUCUUCCUCGUGCGAUCUACAACGCUAGGGUUUUCUUCAUUUUUCUUUCUGACAUAGUUACCAACUCUCUUUCUUUCAUCGUUUCAAUUGGAAUUUGGGAGCCACUCAGCUUUCCAAGUCAAAACAAUGAAGCCGGGAGUAUUGAAUCCAUAUGCAGCAUCAUAUAUACCACUCUCCAAGAGAGAGGGUUAUGCUGGUGAUGGAGAGUUGUUCUAUACACAACGUCCUAUGCAUAUUGCACCACAGAGCCAACAAAUCCACGUAUCUCGCGACUAUGGUGAGGCCCAAGGAGUGAAAAGUUACCCAGGCUCUGAAGUGUCGGUGCCAAAGCAAUCCUCUGACAUGACACACAAGCAGAUGAGGGAUGAAGAUUUGGAGAUGGACAUGGAUGUGGAGUUCCUUCUGAUGAUAUUCCCGGGUUUAUCACACGAGUCCAUAGCUGAUGUAUACCUGGCGAACAAUGGCGAUAUAGAAGCAGCCAUGGACAUGUUGACACAGCUCGAGACGUACAGCUCUGAACCUGAAAGCCUCCCGGACACCCUGGACUUUGAAAGUGGGCCUUCAACGUGGACGGUUCCAAAACCGAAGAAUGCAGCGACGGAAGCCACUGCCGCUUCUUCUGGUACGCACCCCUGAAGAUCCCGUUUCAUCCUGAGUCGGUUAGUCUUUCUGUGAAGUUUUCCGUAUAAGCUGCAGUAAUGGAUGAAUAUCCAUGAUGAUGAUGGUGUGGUAUCUAGGGAUCAAGAUCUUUUUUUCUCUCUGGGAAAAAUGGAGCAUAAUGUUGCUGCUUAGAAAAGCUUUUUUUAAAAUAAAAAAAAUAACAAAUUGUAUAGUGGUGUUGGUAUGCUGUUUUGCAUUUACUAGUGAUGUUGUUGUUUUCCUUUUGGGCUUUUGUUAUCACAACGCCUUUGUUUCAAGGGGCAAUGAAACAGGAGUACGCUAGCCCUUUUUGUGCAGAGCUCUCUCGUAUGGAUGGAUUUCUUCUCUUUUUUCCUCCUCGGUGGUGAAUGAAUGAGAUUGUUCAUGCCUCU